AUGGGGUGUACAGCUAAUAUGAAUAUGCUGAGCACUGUAGCUGCAGCUCUGUUCAUGGAGAUGUUUCUGUUUGUUUUCUUCAUUUUAGAAAAACCCAAGAAAGGAAGGAAAGGCAAAAGAGUCUCUGCUUUCUUUAAGAGAGUAUGGAAGGCUGCAAAGCGCCCUUUCCUUUGCUGUGACACAGAUAUAGUCCAGCAUCUUACACCACAACCUGAGCCAGAGUCAGAGCCCGAGCCAGAGUCAGAGCCCGAGCCAGAGUCAGAGCCCGAGCCAGAGUCAGAGCCCGAGCCCGAGCUGGAAGAUGAAGCGGACCCUGAGGCAGUGCCAGUUGAAGUUACGCCUAAAAGCGCAGAACCAGCUGACCCUGAGUCAGUUUGUCUGCCAGGCCAGGUUCCUGAGGAGCCUAAAGAGGCUUCUGGGGUCACUCUUGGAUUUGAUCUGUCUCAUUUUGAAGUAGGAGACUUGAUUGGAGAAGGAACUUUUGCCAAGGUGUAUGUGGCAUCUCACAAACGUAACAAAAGUGAAAAGGUUGCCCUGAAGUGGAUCAAGAAGCGUAAAGAAGACCGCUAUCUCGACAUUGAUGGUCAUUCCACACCUGUGCUUGCAGAAGUGGCAAUGAUGCUUAGGCUGAUGAAUGCUCCGCAAUGUCCAAACAUCAUCGGAUUCCAUGACUGGGUUGAGAAUAAGAACAACGUCAUUCUCAGUCUGGAGUAUGCAGAGUCAUGUCAGACCUUGUAUGAGUACAUCAGAGAAACAAAGGACAUUGGUGAAAACCAAGCACUCCAGUUAAUGCAACAGUUCAUCCGAGCUGUAAUGUUUUGCGCUGAGCGUGGAGUUUUCCAUGGUGAUAUACACACGGCGAACAUCCUGGUGACUCAACCCCAAUUAGAGCUCAAAUUGAUUGACUUUGGUUGUGCUCAGCAAAUUACCCACAAGCCUUUCAGUAGCAGUAAAUAUCAAGGAGCUAGAUAUUACACGCCACCUGAGGUUUUACGGCAUCGCACAUUCUAUGCUAACCCGGCAUAUGUCUGGACAAUAGGCAUCGUGCUGUAUGAAAUAUUGCAUAGAAGAAUGGCCUUUUAUACCAGACAAUCAAUAAUGUCUGGCUGCAUUCAGAUACACCCCAGGUUAUCUUCAGAAUGCCGGAACCUGAUUUCCAAGUGUUUGAUCCGUAAUCCAGUUAAACGGCUACAGUUACAUCGGGUUGAAAAGCAGCGGUGGUUCAAUCCAACGAGCCCAAAUCCUGUGCAGCAGCCAGACAAGAGGAGGUAG